CUCCUGCCUCCCGCGCGGCCAGCACCGGUCCUUGCCAGCCAUGAGCCGCCAACUGACCCAUUUCUCCCGCGGGGAGCGCCUAGGCUUCAGCGGUUGCUCCGCGGUCCUCUCGGGCGGGAUCGGCAGCAGCUCCGCCUCAUUCCGGGCCGGGGUCAAGGGCUCGGCCUCCUUUGGCAGCAAGAGCCUCUUCUGCCUUGGGGGCAGCCGGCGCCUGGCGCUCAGCGCUGCGGCGGGGCGGGGCGGCGGCCGCCUGGGCGGCUUCGUGGGCACCGUCUUCGGCAGCUCCGGGCUGGGGCCCGCGUGUCCCUCCGUGUGCCCGCCCGGGGUCAUCCCUCAGGUCACCGUCAACAAGAGCCUCCUGGCUCCGCUCAACGUGGAGCUGGACCCCGAGAUCCAGAGAGUGCGCGCCCAGGAGCGGGAGCAGAUCAAGGCGCUGAACAACAAAUUCGCCUCCUUCAUCGACAAGGUGCGGUUCCUGGAGCAGCAGAAUCAGGUGCUGGAGACCAAGUGGAACCUCCUACAGCAGCUGGACUUGAACAACUGCAGGAAGAACCUGGAGCCCAUUUAUGAGGGCUACAUCAGCAACAUGCGGAAGCAGCUGGAGAUGCUGUCUGGGGACAGGGUGAGGCUGGACUUGGAGCUGAGGAACAUGCAGGAUUUGGUGGAGGACUACAAGAAGAGGUAUGAGGUGGAGAUUAACAGACGCACGGCUGCUGAGAAUGAGUUUGUGGUGCUCAAGAAGGACGUGGAUGCUGCUUACAUGAAUAAGGUUGAGCUCCAGGCCAAGGUGGACUCCUUGACAGAUGAGAUUAAAUUCUUCAAGUGCGUUUAUGAAGGGGAGAUCACUCAGAUCCAGUCCCACAUCAGUGACACAUCCGUUAUCCUGUCAAUGGACAACAACCGGGACCUAGACCUGGACAGCAUCAUUGCCGAGGUCCGUGCCCAGUAUGAGGAGAUUGCCCUGAAGAGUAAGGCUGAGGCUGAGACCCUGUACCAGACCAAGAUCCAGGAGCUGCAGGUCACAGCAGGCCAGCAUGGGGAUGACCUCAAGCUCACCAAGGCUGAAAUCUCUGAGCUCAACCGCCUGAUCCAGAGGAUCCGCUCAGAGAUAGGGAAUGUGAAGAAGCAGUGUGCCAACCUGGAGACAGCCAUCGCCGACGCUGAGCAGCGGGGGGACUGCGCCCUGAAAGACGCCCGGGCCAAGCUGGAUGAGCUGGAGGGCGCUCUGCACCAGGCCAAGGAGGAGCUGGCACGGAUGCUGCGUGAGUACCAGGAGCUCUUGAGCCUGAAGCUGGCCCUGGAUGUGGAGAUCGCCACCUACCGCAAGCUGCUAGAGAGCGAGGAGUGCAGGAUGUCUGGCGAAUAUCCAAAUUCUACCAGCAGCACCAGAUGGGCCCUGGGAAGUGCCUCUCUUCAUUUGGUCCUGCCCAUGGGGGAAAUUCACACACUAAUAGGAAAAGCCGUCAUCAGCAGCACCAAUGCUGGGGCAGGAGGGGCUGGCUUCGGCAUGGGCUUUGGCGCCUCAAGCAGUUAUAGCUACAAAACUGCAGCUGCAGACAUCAAGACCAAAGGCAGCUGUGGCAGUGAGCUCAAGGAUCCCCUUGCCAAAACCUCAGUGAGCAGCUGUGCCACCAAAAAGGCCUCCAGAUGAUGGACAAGUGGUUGGCUCUGUAAGCCGAAGGCUUCCCAACCCACCCAUCUCCUCCCUCUCCUUCCCUGGGCUCCGUUUCCAAGUCAAGAAAUGCUUUGUCUGUCACUACAGUCCCAAACCCAUUUCCUCUCCCUGCUGUCCUCAAGGUGUGAUGCUUCAAUGCAAGGAGUCCAGUCAGGAGCUCUCUCAGUGGCCUCCUUCUUGGUCCCGUUUCGUUGGGUCAUUGCCUGAAAUGCAAAGACAACACACUUACCCAGGAUGUUUCCCCAAGGCCAGCUACAAGCCCCUCUGCCCCCAUGCCUUUCUUGGGCCUUCACUGCCAAGGGACUCUCUUCAUCUUCUGAUUGGGAUUGUGUCUAGUUCUCUGCUUC